GUUGAUAUCGUCGUAUUUCCCUUUUUUCUUCUUCUCCCUUCAAAACUCAAUCGCUUAACUGGAUGAUAUCCGUGUCUCAUCACAACAAACCAUCCAUGUUCUAGAGAGUGCAACAUGGCCAACUCCACGCCUUCUGCUAGCGAUUACAAGGGCAUUGUAGGGCCCCUCCUCCAUCGCUGCUCUCACUGCCAAACUGCUGGCCCAAAACUCCUUCGAUGCAAUGGAUGUCUCGCCGUCCGCUAUUGCAGCCGCAAGCACCAGGUCGCUCACUGGCUGAAGCAUAAGUCUGCUUGUUCCAAGAUCAAGAAAGCUCGUGCCAAGCUCGCUGAAGAAGAUCAUGCCGUCCGCAACGCCACAGAGGACUUCAUGACUCCUGCCAACGCCUUUGAAUCGCAUGCUGGCCACUUCUGAGGUAUGAUAAACACAUGAGAUUACAUGCGGGCGCGGAUGGCGCUGGCCAUGAAGCUGCUUCACCAGGGGACGCUGGGCAGCGUCAGUGAGGCCUACGAGCACAUGCGCGAUAUGCUGCGAUUGAACCGCAGCGACAACAUGGGGAUACGAGACAUGGUCCCGGCUCUGAUGCUGCGAUUGGAUCUCGACCAGGAGUGCUAUGACUUUGUCAAGUGGUGGGCUACCUGUGAUCCAGACGGCCGAUACGACUGGGGCGAUAUGGACUUGCCGCACCUCGAUCUUCACGGUGCCGACGUCUUUGAGAAGCCAGAGUUUCUACUCGUCGAGUAUUCGGAUUUAAACUCACUUGUCGCCCUUCUGCUGUUAAAUCUGAAGCUGCUCGUCGAUAUUCAUAACCUAAAGAUCACUCGCAAGAUCCUUUCCCGUACCCGCCUCCCUAUUGAGAUACGGGAUAAGAUAGAGCUGGUCGUUGUUCGGAGUCCCCUCUCUAUAAAGCUCCAGAAAGAAGCGCCCGGAUCUCUUCUCCAAACCGAGUCAACUCUGAUGAACCAUAUCCGCCUGCUUGGCGCUGCCCUGAACAAGACUAACGGCCAAUUCAUGUUCAAUCUCUUUGAUCCCGAUGAGGCACUCUGCAGCAGGCCUGAGGCAUAUUCACGUGGGUCUUGGGAAGAAAUGACUUACUCAAUCCAACAUUCGUACGCCGCAUGGUGGGAGACGGAGGGCGUCUUGGACCUGCUGAAGGAUGCGCGCAUGUGCGCAGCGCGGGACUCGGAAGAUGAGAUUGAGGAUAUCAUGGACACCGACACGUUCAUAUCAAGCUCGGGACCGAAUCGUACGGCCAAGGAGCUCCUAGAGGACGUGAGCGUGAAUCGAAUUUGGGGGUACUUGGAUUAUGCAGCCGAGAACGCCUGCUACUUGGGCCCCUGGUCUGAGCGACCCUCUGAGCAACAUACAAGGGUGAGUAAGGAAAAUUGGGCGAGAGCCGAGGAGGAAGAUGACGAGGAAUGGAGCGAUGAUGAAGAUGAGGUUGUGGUAUUUUAGAACGACUUUUGGUAGCUAGGUGUAGUGAGGCAAGGCGGUGAUCUUUCACAACUGGAUGAAAAGUCUCUGUGACAGCUUUUCUCGUGUCUUGUUCAUGGUACAAGUACAAGUAAAUAGACGUAUAAUUGCUAAAUUUCCAUUCUAUACAGCUUCUAUGUAGUCAAUCCCGUACAUGCUAGUAUACCAGCACCAAGAAUGCCUCCAUCAACAACGUGUAUAAACUCGACGGUUUGUGAAGAUGAAUUGAUGUCUUGUGUCAAUCGAUCAACCCAACUCUGGACUUCGUCCAAGUAUCUUGGGAAAUGCGU